AUGGUAAAUUAUCAUAAAAAAAUAUAUUUACUAUAUUUAAUUAUUUUUCUAUUUUACCUAAAUUUUACUGAUUGUAUAAAGAAACGAUUAGAAGAACAGGAAGUUAUUUCAUACAUAUUAAAAGAUUAUGAUACAAGAGUUAGACCUCGUGGAACAAAUAAUAGUUGGCCUGAUACUGGAGGACCUGUAGAUGUUACUGUUAACAUUUACUUACGAUCAAUUUCAAAAAUAGAUGAUGUUAAUAUGGAAUACUCAACACAAUUUACAUUUCGUGAACAAUGGAUAGAUGAAAGAUUGGCAUAUGAAAAAUUAGCUGAUGAAAAUACACAAAUCCCACCAUUUUUAAUAUUAAUAAAUGAAGAAAAUGAGGAUAGUCAACGUAUAUGGACUCCUGAUUCAUUUUUUAAUGAAAAAGAGGCAAGAAGGCAUCUUGUAGAUAAACCAAAUGUUUUUAUGCGUAUUUAUCCAAAUGGUGAAAUAUUAUAUAGUGUAAGAUUAAGUAUGGUGUUUAGUUGUUUAAUGAAACUUCAUAAUUAUCCUGUUGAUAAACAAGUUUGUUAUCUUGAUAUUGCUAGUUAUGCAUAUACAACAGAUGAUAUAAAAUAUGAAUGGAAAGAUAGUAAUCCUAUACAAAAAAAAGCUGGUCUAGAAAAAAGUUUACCUUCUUUUGAAUUAUAUGAUGUUCAGACUGACUAUUGUACAUCUAAAACAAAUACAGGAGAAUAUUCAUGUUUACGUACUAAAUUAUUACUUCGUAGAGAGUAUAGUUAUUACUUAAUACAACUUUAUAUUCCAUGUUGUAUGAUAGUAGUUGUAUCCUGGGUUAGUUUUUGGUUGGAUAAAGAUUGUGUACCAGCAAGAAUAUUUUUAGGAGCAACAACUUUUCUUACAAUGACGACACAGGCAUCAGGUGCCAAUGCUAAACUACCUCCUGUUUCUUAUAUAAAAGCUGUUGAUAUUUGGAUUGGUGUAUGCUUAUUUUUUAUUUUUGGUGCCCUUUUAGAAUAUGCUUUAGUUAAUUAUUAUGCUCGACUUGAAAUUUUAAGAAAAGAAAAGGCCAGAAGGAUACCAUUGAUAAAAAAUAAAGAAAAUAUUUUAGUUAGUAAUAAUGAUAAUUUAAAACUACCAUGUACACAAUAUCCUUUAGAAAAUAUAAACUAUUCAAAGCAAUUAGAAAAUCAAUAUCAAAUAAAUUUAGAUGAUAUGACAUUUAAUUUUAUCAAUGAAAUACAAAAUACUCCAAGUUUAAAUUUAGAUUUAGCUGUUGUAUCAACAGAAAAUGUAUUUGAAAAAAUUUUUAAAAAAGUUAAAACUGCAAAAAUAACAUUUUUAAAAUCAGAUGUAUCAAAAAAAGUAGAUCUUGUAUCUAGAAUUGCAUUUCCUUUUCUUUUUCUUUUAUUUAUAGUUAUUUAUUAUAAAAUUUAUUUUACUCAAAAUGCUGUAAAUAAACAUCAAGAACAAUAA